AUGAUCCAGCCUAAAACUCCUCCAGUGAAGGAAGUAGUACAACCGAAAGAUGUUGGUGUUCCUCGCGUGGAUUUUACGGAGGAGGAGAAACCGGCAGUUACCGAAGAGGAAGUACCAAAGAUUAGUGACGAACAAACAGUAGAGGAAACUAAGGUGGAAGUGAAAGCAGAGGAAAGGGAGAUGGAAGUGAAAGCAGAGCCAGCUGUAGCACAGAGAAGAACUAAAAAAGAGCAAGCCGAAGACUUUUGUGCGAACUUAACUGACCUAGCCAACGAGCUAGAAGGAGUGCUGGACACAAAGCAACCGUGUAUGCGUCUCUCUCGACUUCACGACAUUUGUUCAGAAUUGUCAAGAUUAGCUACUGAAUGCGAGAUCCUGCAAGCUCAGAUGACAGACAGACAGAGCCAGGCUGAAGGUUUGGUGGAAGCUGCUCGUGCUGCUGCUGAUUAUGAUCUGCAGGAAGAGUUACUCGAAGACUAUGAUAAUUUCGAUUCCAUGAGGUUUAUAAUCGACAUAGCUCAGGUGCGAAUCAUGGAAGAGAAACUUAAUGCAAUGAGGAUAGAUAGCAUGGAAGAUGAUGCAGAAGAGACUGACGAAGCGUGGGAACUGCGUAAUAUUGUAGCACAACUAGAGAACAGGUUGGAGUUUUCCCAAGAUGACGGCAGGAUGGGUGGUGGACUAGCAGAAGGCUUCUCGCAGACUGACUAUGCGUCAGCUUCUCAGGAGUCAGAAGGUGGUGCUCCUUCGUAUGAAGUAACAGAACCUUCCGAGGGAAGCGUCUCAAGCCACGAGGAAUCUGGCUAUUAUUCCACUAUUCCAGAAAAACGAAGCCAAGAAGGAAAAGAGUGUGAAGAGCUACGAGGAAUAAUAGACAGUCUCCAAAGAAGGAUAGAAAUUCUUGAAUCAGAGAGGCAAGAUUAUCGUGGCGGUGACACAUAUGAAAAUAGAGAAUUAGCUAAUCUAAAAGAACAACUUCAGAAUCUUUCAGUAGAACGUGAUAAUCUUGUUUCUCAAUUAAACAAUUCCAGAAUAGAAGCAGAAACGUUGCAGCAAGAAAAGGCAAGCCUACUUAUUGAAGCCGAUGCGAUUCGCCAGGAUAUGGGACACUUACAGGGCGAACAUUUGGCGGCACUGGACUACAUAAAAUCACUAGAAGAGUCUACUGCAGAGUGUACAAUGUUGAAAGAGGAAAAUAAACGCUUUGAGGAUAAAUUGCAGCAAAGCAAUCGAGAACAGGCCAAGCUGCACCAUGAGGUACACAGGCUUCGAUGCGCCAUUGGAGACAUGGAAGACGACCGAAAGCGCACACUGAACCAGCUCGAGCGGCUCUCACACGCAGCUGAAUGGGCAAAGGUACUGCAGAAAGUACACUGA